AUGAUAGUAAUACAAAAAGCAAAGCAAGGUAUUCUGGAGCGCUUAGAUGGUGGAGAAAUUGUGAUUGGAGAUGGAGGAUUUGUCUUUGCUCUUGAAAAGAGAGGAUAUGUAAAAGCUGGGCCUUGGACUCCUGAAGCAACAGUAGAACACCCAGAAGCAGUCCGUCAGCUUCAUCGGGAGUUCCUCAGAGCUGGAUCCAAUGUUCUGCAAACAUUCACCUUCUACGCCAGUGAGGACAAACUGGAGAACAGAGGCAAUUAUGUAGCUGAGAAAAUAAGUUGCCAGAAAGUGAAUGAAGCUGCUUGUGACAUUGCAAGAGAAGUGGCUAAUGAAGGCGAUGCUUUAGUGGCUGGAGGAGUCAGCCAAACACCAUCAUAUUUAAGCUGCAAGGAUAAAGCAGAGGUGAAAGCAGCCUUCCGAAAGCAACUAGAAGUCUUUAUGAAGAAGAAUGUGGACUUCCUUAUUGCAGAGUAUUUUGAGCAUUUUGAAGAGGCUGUCUGGGCAGUUGAAGUUCUAAAAGAAUCUGGAAAACCAGUUGCAGCUACAAUGUGCAUUGGUCCGGAAGGAGACAUGCAUGGUGUGCCCCCUGGACAAUGUGCUGUCCAGCUGGUAAAGGCUGGUGCUUCUAUUGUUGGAGUCAACUGCCACUUUGAUCCAGAUACUUCCCUGGAAACAGUGAGACUGAUGAAAGAGGGCUUGCAGGCUGCUAAGCUGAAAGCUCACCUGAUGUCCCAACCACUUGCUUUCCAUACACCUGAUUGUGGAAAGCAGGGUUUUAUUGAUCUCCCAGAAUUUCCCUUUGGUCUGGAGCCAAGAAUUGUAACCAGAUGGGAUAUUCAAAAAUAUGCAAGAAAGGCCUAUGACUUAGGAGUUCGUUACAUUGGAGGUUGCUGUGGAUUUGAGCCAUAUCAUGUCCGAGCAAUUGCUGAGGAACUGGGUCCUGAAAGAGGAUUUUUGCCAGAAGCUUCUGAGAAACAUGGUAGCUGGGGCAAUGGCCUGAGCAUGCAUACCAAACCCUGGGUCAGAGCAAGGGCAAGAAAAGAAUACUGGGAGAAUCUGAAGCCUGCUUCAGGCAGGCCAUAUUGUCCUUCAAUGUCAAAGCCAGAUGGCUGGGGAGUGACCAAAGGAGCUAAGGAGCUGAUGCAACAGAAAGAAGCAACAAGUGAACAACAGCUGAAGGAGCUCUUCCAGAAACAGAAGGUCUAAUCCACUGCAGUUCUGUAAAUGUUAUAAUAAUGUAUCUACAGACCAUGCUUCACAAGAAAAUCUGUGAAGAUGCAUAUCCUGUUGAUUUAUCAGUUAAGAUGUAGUGGAAAAGACAAAAUGCAGAAAGAAUGUGAUUACAGAUUAAAUGUAAAAAUCUUUCUCUGGACAAA